UCAAGAGAAAUGGGUAUUUUCAAAAAGGUGAAAUCUAAAGUUUUUUUGUACACAAACUAUCUGUUUGGUGUUUGCAUAGGUGUGAGUCCAAAGUAUAUGAGCUCAGAGGCAAAUGAUACACAAAGCAGCAUGGGAAGCAAAAGCUCUUCUGUGUCUAUCAGAACAAGCCUUCGAACAGAAGGAGAGAUCUUGCAAUCACCAAACCUCAAAAGCUUCAGCUUUGCUGAGCUCAGAACAGCAACUAGGAAUUUCAGACCAGAUAGUGUUCUUGGUGAAGGUGGAUUCGGUUGUGUCUUUAAAGGAUGGAUUGAUGAGCAAUCUCUCACUGCUUCUAAACCGGGAACCGGUAUGGUUAUUGCUGUCAAAAAGCUUAACCAAGAUGGUUGGCAAGGUCAUCAAGAAUGGCUGGCAGAAGUGAAUUACUUGGGGCAAUUCUCGCAUCCUCAUCUUGUGAAACUCAUCGGUUAUUGCUUAGAGGAUGAACAUCGUCUUCUUGUCUAUGAGUUCAUGCCUCGAGGCAGCUUAGAGAAUCAUUUAUUCAGAAGAGGUUCUUACUUCCAACCAUUAUCUUGGACUCUCCGGUUAAAAGUUGCUCUUGGUGCUGCAAAAGGUCUAGCCUUUCUUCACAGCGCAGAGACACAAGUCAUAUACCGCGACUUCAAAACUUCUAAUAUACUUAUUGAUUCGGACUACAAUGCCAAGCUUUCUGAUUUCGGAUUGGCUAAAGACGGACCAACGGGUGAUAAAAGCCAUGUCUCUACACGGAUCAUGGGUACUUACGGAUACGCAGCUCCUGAGUAUCUUGCGACUGGUCAUUUAACAACCAAGAGUGAUGUCUAUAGCUACGGUGUCGUGCUUUUAGAGAUGUUGUCUGGUCGGAGAGUUGUGGACAAGAACCGUCCACCUGGAGAGCAGAAGCUGGUUGAAUGGGCAAGACCGUUUCUUGCGAACAAACGAAAGAUAUUCCGAGUUAUCGAUAACCGUAUCCAAGAUCAGUACUCAAUGGAAGAAGCAUGUAAGAUAGCUACUCUGGCUCUGAGAUGUCUCACACUAGAGAUAAAGCUGAGGCCAAACAUGACAGAGGUUGUUUGUCACCUCGAACACAUCCAAGCUCUGCAUGAAGCUGGUGGAAGAAACAUCGAUAAGAACGAGAGGAGAACGCGUAGGAGAAGCGAUAGCCUUGUGGUCAGCCAAAAGCCAAACGCAGGUUUUGCUCGGCAAACCGCCGUGAACGCUGUAGCAGCUGCUUAUCCACGCCCUUCUGCUUUGCCUCUGUUUGUGUGA